UCCACUAUAUCCACCACCCAAAAAGCACAAAAGCAGUUUUACUGAACAGACACGCACACACAACCCCCCACGACUGAGCACCCCACCUCCAUUUCAGCUCAGCUCGGCUCAGAUUCCGGGCGUCCAAAUCGACCAGUUUUCCGACCCAUCCUUCCGAAAGCCAUGCCUGCUUGCUAAGCUUCACGAUCCCGAACCCGGAAAUCCUUUCAAUUUCUCACUAAAACUAUGUUCGAUGGCUUCAAUGUCUUCAGGUGGCAUAGGUAUUGCUGCAUUGGGUUGAGCUAUUUUUGGGCCUGUCACGAACUCAAGUACCACUUACUAAUGUAAAUCUCAAUGGUACUCAAGGGCUUUGGGAGUUAUGGAUUGUUUAAAGGCUGCUAUUCAUCAUAAAGGUUCUUUGUGCUGCCAGUUAUUAUUAUUCUUUAUCUGGUUAUCCAGUUUCCAAGAUGUCAUGGCAGUGCAGACAGUAUUUGACCCAAGUAAUGCUUCUUCCGUGGCAGAGCUAGGCCUAGCUAAUCCACCUACUACUGGGUUCUUUAAUCCCAUUGAAAUAUCACCAGCUGUUAUUCCAAACUACCCAAAUCCUGCAGAUGAACCUUCACAACCGAUGUACCCGAAUUUUCCGACAAGAUAUGAGCCUGUUUUAACCGGGAAGUGUCCUGUGAAUUUUUCUACCAUAUCAAGUGUAAUAGAAAAGACAGCUACUGAUUGCUUUCAACCUUUGGCGGCAAUAUUAGGAAAUGUAAUGUGUUGCCCGCAGUUUAGUAGUUUAAUCCGCAUCUUCCAGGGUCUCUAUAGUAUCAACUCUGAUAAGUUGGUUCUGCAAAAUUCAGUCGCAAAUGAUUGUUUUAAAGAUAUCAUCAGUAUCUUAGCCAGUAGGGGUGCAAACAGUUCAGUACCUACACUCUGCUCCAUAAAUUCGUCAAAUCUUACUGGUGGGUCCUGUCCAGUGAAGGACAUUAAUGCCUUUGAGAAAACAGUAAAUACAAGCAGUUUAGUGGAGGCUUGCACAACUGUUGACCCUCUCAAAGAGUGCUGCAGACCAAUUUGCCAGCAUGCAAUAGCGGAUGCUGCACUAAGGAUCUCAGGAAAACAAUUGAUGAUGAAUGAGAAUAAAAAUUUAGUGGGUGGGCUUAAUUAUACUGAUACUCUAAGUGAUUGUAAAGGUGUGGUUUUUUCAUAUCUUUCAAGGAAACUCUCAUCAGAUGCUGCCAAUACUGCAUUUCGAAUAUUGUCUGCCUGCAAAGUUAACAAAGUUUGCCCUUUGGAAUUUAAGCAGCCUUCAGAAGUAGUUAAAUCAUGUCGCAAUGUUGCUGCCCCGAGUCCUUCCUGCUGUAGCUCAUUAAACACUUAUAUUUCGGGAAUACAAAAGCAAAUGUUAAUUACAAAUAGACAAGCUAUAAUCUGUGCUUCAGUGUUUGGGUCCAUGUUGAGAAAAGGCGGGGUGAUGGAAAAUGUUUAUGAGCUUUGUGAUAUUGACUUGAAAGACUUUAGCAUUCAAGAAUACGUGCAACAAGGGUGUUUACUUCGAAGCUUGCCUGCAGAUGCGAUAAUUGACAAUACAACAGGUUUCAGCUUUUCAUGUGAUUUGAGUGACAACACUGCAGCGCCAUGGCCUUCAUCUUCCUCAGUUUCAUCGUUGUCCUUUUGUGCACCUGAGAUGUCAUUGCCUGCACUACCAACAUCGGAGACUUUUAAAAAUCCUGGCUGUCGUGGUGGUGAGCUGGAAUUUAUUGUACCCGUUUUUUCAUUUUUAGUUUUGGGUACCCUGUUGUACUGAGGAGAUAGAUAUAUGGACUGAGGGUUGGGGUGGUUUGAAUUUUAGGGACGUUUGGCAAUUUAUGUGUGGAUUUUUCUUGUAUAUUUUGAGUAGUAGUUUCCAUGUAUAGCAGUUCUGUCUCUAUUCCUGGCAAUUAUGAGACAAUGAUCCGGUUAAAUUAUAUGUUACAUUGACCCGAUUGGGUUAUAAAAAAAAAAGCCGAUUUUUAGGUUUA